AGUAGUAGUGGAAAAGAAAGAUUACGGAAAAAUAGACGAUCACGGAAAAGGACCACAUAGGAUAUUGUCCUAUUUUCCAUUGUAGCGACUUUACCGAAUGCCGUACAUUCGUUGCUAACAUGCAUUAUUCCAGUCUGGAAGGCAGCUAGUGAAAGCUUGUUGUGCAGUCUCUGACGAAGUCGAAUGUUUCCUGGUUUACUCCCAGUUUAGGAAAGUUGGGAAAAGGAAAAAUAAGUGAACAAAUAAGAUGCUAUUGAUUACGAGGCGCGCCUGCUAGAUCAAAGAUCAACAAAAAAUUAACAUCCAGCUAAUAUAGGGCCGUAGCAACGGUGCCUUUCCCCGAGUGUACUAGCGUACUUGCAGCAGGAAGCGUGAAAGGUGGGGAACGGUUGAAGAAAACUGCAUAGUCCGUGAAUUGCACUUUACUACAAGCACGCAUCAUUGUGCAUCCAGUUCGUCCUCUUCGAUCGCGUGGACGAACGCGUAAAAACUAAUCCAUCUUCAUCCCGGAUGGAUGUUAUCGGGCGGGACGAUCUUCCGACGGACACGAAGGGCAGCGCAACGAAACUUACCAAUGGCAACGUAUCGCUGUCGGAGGACAACGCCAAUACGGUGGCGGCAGCGACCACCGGUGCCGGACGGAAAAAAACCAAAAGGAAAAGUAAAGCUAAAAAUAGUCACCGUGAGGAUGCAGAGUCCGAGCUGAAGAUAGACGCAACACUGGCGAAGGCGACGGCGGUAGAAAAACUCAGCGCAGAAUUGGUACCAUUGCCAAAGGUUGCUACGUCGAUGGUGGAGGCGAAUGGAGAAAAUGUAAAUAGUAAGUGUAGCACGUUUGGCAGCAGUAGCAGUAGUAGUAAUCAUAAGGGUAGUCACAGCAAUGGACUGCCAGCGGACGAUGAUGCAUUCGGUGCGACGUCUGUUGAUGCAAUCAGCAAGAAGCUGGAAGAGUGUGUUCAAAUUAGUCGCAAUGGCUUAACAAAUGGACUGCCAAAGCAUGAGGACAAAUCCGGGCACCGGUCAGCGCAGGAGGAAGGCAGCAACAAAAUAACAACGGGUGACAAAGAACCGUCGGGGAAGGGUUCAAAAAAGAAGCAUCGCAGUAGUCAGGCGAAAAAAGCACAAACAUCAAAUGUGGAUUGUAAAAUCAACGGUCAGGAGGACAUUGAGGUGCAUGAAAAGGUAGAACACAAGAGCGUGGAACCUAGCAGGAAUAGGCAAACGCAAGAUGUGGCCCACAUCGGAAAUCUGCAUGACACAUGCGGUGUUGAGGGAAAAACAAAACCUGCGGAAUCUUGUUCUCACGCUGGAAAUGACCCGAACGGCUCUAGCUCUCAAUCAGUUCUGGAUGCGCCUACCUCAUCCAUUGCCUCACCACCCGCUUCAUCGGAUGCAGCCGAAGUAGGAGAAACGUCUGGGAAAAAUCAACCCAGCGAUGCUCCGGUGCAGAUCACGUACCAGGUGUACGAAUCGGAACGCCAGAUGCCCGCCAUCAUGUCCCUGAUCCAGAAGGACCUCUCGGAGCCGUACUCGAUCUACACCUAUCGAUACUUCAUACACAACUGGCCAAAGUUAUGCUUCCUGGCACUGCAUGGCGACACUUGCGUCGGUGCAAUUGUGUGCAAGUUGGACAUUCACCGGCAGGACACGCGUCGCGGUUACAUCGCAAUGCUAGCGGUUGAUAAGGACUACCGGAAGCUGAAAAUCGGAACCACACUCGUGCAGAAGGCAAUACAAGUCAUGGUUGAGGAUAACGCUGACGAGGUAGUACUGGAGACGGAAAUAACGAAUCAGCCGGCACUACGGCUGUAUGAAAAUCUUGGUUUCGUACGGGAUAAACGACUGUUUCACUACUAUCUGAACGGUGUGGAUGCACUGCGGUUGAAGCUCUGGUUUAGAUGAAUGCUUCCAAUAUGUUCUCCGCACGCCACAGGUCGUCAGGAGCAGUCCGGUAAGGUUCAUUAGCGCAAUGGUGUGACGUUUGGCGCAUAAGACCUUCGGUUAUUUAGGGUUGCAUCGGUAGGACAAGGAUCGAUUAUAGGUUUGUUUUUUUUUUAAAGCAGGCUCACUCGACCAUACUCAACACGACUGCUUGUGAAACCGUUCGUUAAACAGGUUAUAACGUACCCUAAGAGAAGAUAGUUUGCAAAAGAUCAUUUACCAACCAUGCGAUCCGGUCAGCGUUGCGCAAAUUAAUAACGUGAAAGUGAGCUUAUGUAUGUAUUUAGAUAUGGCUUUUUCCUAGUUUAGAUAUCUCGAACUCCUUUCCCAUGCGGAACGUCACCUGUGCAAUCGAAUAUUUCACCACAUUGCGGCACCAAUGCGUUUGAUAUAAGUAUUUAAUCAAUUUGUUGUACAUGUUUCCAACUUGCCAUAGGGCAAAAGCACGAUAUGGUUUCAAGAAGCAGUUUAAAUUUCGUCGACCACAUCCUUACUUUCCCAUCGCGCACAGAUCUAAAGGAUAAUGCAUGUGUGCAGUACUUUUUGUGAUGUUGUAUUUUUAUGUUAUGUUUUUCUCCGCUGGCUGCGUCGUCGUGUAUUCUUUUUUGUUUUCCCCCGCGUCCCCGAGGAAUGGUUGGGUUUGGUCGACCCUCUCGAUACCCCCUGCGGUAAGGUGUUAGGUAUAUAGAUAAUUUAUUUCCAAACGAUAAACUAACGAAUACGCAAACAAACCUGGUGGUGUUCCUUGCUGCUCGUGCAAGGCUGAGCAUUAUUCGGGCAGACCGUAACGCUUCGCGUGGUGAUGUAAUAUAGAGUGUGUCUUGUGUCGGUAGGGAUUCCGUUUAACCACUCCUGUUGUCUUGUCGAGUACCGUUUCACAAUUAUGGUAGCAGGAAAAAUAGCAACAAUGAUGCAUCAUGUAUUCGCGCGUUUGGUGAAUAGCAUAAAUCGGGAUAUAUUGGCACAUUGGGCACAUCAAAAAGAUUAUUCAGUCGUUUUGAGCUCGAACCAAAAUGCGUCCACAGAUUUUAAUUUCUUUGAAGUAGUCUGGCGUUGCUUUUUCAUUCAUUUUUGUUUUUCAAUUCGGUUUCGAAAUGUGUCCACAAUACAGCGCGCAAGAAAUAACGCAACAAGAACAUAAAAUGUGCCGUAAAACAACAUCGAGCUGUUUUCAAACUCUUCCGGAAAGUUAAACAGAAACAGGACAGUAUGAAGAAAUUCUAAGGCGGAAUACCAUUGUACAUAGUGAAACAAUAAACAAGUAAAAUGUGAACUAGAAAA